UUCUCUGCAACCUACAUCACCACCCACUCAUCACUGAGUCACAUUCCCCCGAGUCAUGAACUUACUCUCCCGCAAUAUGUUACACAUAACAAAAGAAGAAUAACCCUUUUUUUCUCAUUACAGAACCAUGAUUUCCCGUUUUGCCCCUCUCCGCAGUCUCUAUUCCUUGAUAUAUGCCAUCACACCAAAACCUUUAGUCGGAGGCAACCACACUUCAGCUCGAUUCUGCUCACGGUAAUAAAAUUCAAAUGAAAUAAAUACAAAACCCAUUUUUUUUCAUAUUUUUUGUUUAAUAUUUUAUUUUUCCGAGGAAAAAACGAAGAAAAAAAGUGCCCAAUGGCUACACUGGAACAUACCGCAGGCAAAUCAAACUCCUUCCGAAGCCUCUUGAUACGGUUGCUUCUCUUAGGCGUUUUCAUAAUCGGAGUUCGAUUUGCUUACGUCAUCGUUAUCGCCGGAGAAUCAUGCACCGUUGCCGAUUUCUGCUUCUCCUCGUUUCACGAGACUCUCAGCCUUGUCAUCGCUGGCGCCGGAGCUGCUGUCAAACCCCUCGCAGUUGAGUCCACCACAGCUGGCGGCGCCGCCUCCCCCGCACGGCCGGAGAUUUACACCAGCAAGGAAUGGACCAAUGCCGUUCGAUUCUACUCGUCAGUGUUAAAGCAUCUGAUUGCCGGCGGCUACCUCUCACCGGCGUCGAAGUCAUUGUGCGUUGAAACUCCAACGGGACGCGACGUUUUCACGAUGAGAGAGAUUGGCGUCAAGAGCACCGUCGGAAUCUCUAGGAAGGCGGUGAAACCGCUGGUGAAGUCCGGCCGCGGUCACCGGAUUCCAUUCCCCACCAGAAGUUUUGACUUCAUUUUCUCAGGUGAGGGCUCGCUGGAGAGGUCGCCGUUUCCGGCGGAGUUCGCCGCGGAGGUCAGCCGCACGCUAAAACCAGAAGGGUUCGCGGUGUUCCAUUUGGUAAACCCUAAUGACACUUACAGCUUCAAUUCGUUCCUUGAUUUGUUUGAUUCUUGCUUCGUAUUAGUAAAAUCGCGUUAUAUCAAAGGGUUUGAUUCUUCAAUGCCUCAAAUACGGGAAAUUGUUUUGAAGAAAGAGUGUGAUGAUGUUGAUGCUGUUCAUAAGUUAGUAAAAGUUGAUUAUUUUGGGGGUGGUGAAGAUGAUUCAAGUGACAAGUGUUCUGUUCCAGAGUAUAAGCAUGAUUUAGUUAAAAAUGCUGAGCCUCUGAUUUCUAUGGAGCCACUGAAACCGUGGAUAACUUUGAAGAGGAAUUUGAAGAACAUAAAGUACCUUUCUUCAAUGGUGGAUAUAAGCUUUAAGAGAAGGUAUGUGUAUGUUGAUGUUGGAGCCAGAAGCUACGGUUCUAGUAUAGGAUCUUGGUUUAAAAAACAAUACCCGAAGCAGAACAAGACCUUUCAUGUGUAUGCGAUUGAGGCUGAUAGGACUUUUCAUCCGGAAUAUGGGUUGAAGAAAGCGGUUACUUUGGUUCCUUAUGCUGCGUGGGUGAAGAAUGAGACCUUGACUUUCGAGAUUCAUCGUGACCCUGGCGAGCAGGUUGAGGUUAAAGGUAGGGGGAUGGGUAGGAUUCAGCCUCUACAAGGUUCUAGUUCAGAGGACUUUGAUGGCGAAGUGGAGAAGAUAAAAGGUUUUGAUUUUGCUGCUUGGUUGAAAAAUACUGUUUCAAAGAAUGAUUUUGUGGUGAUGAAGAUGGAUGUGGAGGGCACUGAAUUUGAUUUGAUUCCAAGGCUGUUUGAAACUGGUGCUAUAUGUUUGGUAGACGAGAUUUUCCUAGAAUGUCAUUAUAAUAGAUGGCAGAGAUGUUGCCCUGGGCAGAGGAGUGCGAAGUAUGAGAAAACAUAUGAUCAAUGCUUGCAGCUCUUCAAUUCUCUCAGACGAAGUGGAGUUCUUGUUCAUCAAUGGUGGUAAUUACCUGAUAGGAAAACCAUAUAUUUUUUCUGUAACAUUCUUGUCCUCCCUUUAACCUGUUUACAAUUUUCAUCUUCAGAGUUGUUUUUCCUUUAAAACCCCAGCCAAUAGAGAUGAUUGUGUUCCAAAUUUAUUCCCAUGUAACAAUUUCAAUUGAAAAUGAAUUAAUUCCCUUAAGUC